CAGAACAAGGAAAAUAAGUACAUCAUACAUUACUUCUUCUUGAACCCAAACUAAGGUAGGGUAGGAAUAUAGCUUUGAUGCCUGGUACUACUAGCUGAAUGAGUAAUUGAUUUCCAAUCUCUGCAUCUCACUUUUACGUGAUUGAAAGUUUGUGCGUUUGCAGCUGUUAACAUUUGGCCAAGUCAUGAAAUCACCACUUCCACCACCUUUCCCCUUCCCUUUAUAAAUCACGUCACAUGUUGCCCUUAAAUUUCUUGCAUGUCCUCAAUCUUCUCCUCUCUUCUCCAGCAAAAAACUAUACCUAGCCAGCUUUCCUCCUUUUCUCUUUGUUCCAAAAUGAUGCCCCCCGCCGACCACGAAAUGACCCUUAACCCCGCCGGCAAUGUUGGUCCGACCUCCGCUAGCAACAUCACCCGUCCAACCGGCCGGUCCGAUCCCGUCUUGGUCCAUGCCGAACCGCUCCCCAACCCAUCUAGCAACCACAUUCAACAACAAACCAACUCCUUACGAGAUCCGGGCCAAACACAACCUAACAAUCCAACCACCUUUGCUGCCCCGCAUCGAUCCUUACGUCCUGUAACAGUUAAGUUUGAAGAUGUUGCAUACAGUAUCAACUUGCCGUCGAAAUCCACCCCGAUCGGUACUUGCUUACCCGAUAAAACCAAACCGGAACCGGUCCGACCGAUCCUCAAUGGUGUAACCGGCACGGUCCGACCGGGCGAGCUGCUCGCAAUGCUCGGCCCGUCGGGCAGCGGGAAAACGACCCUUCUGACUGCUCUAGCCGGACGGCUCCCGGGGAAAAUUUCCGGCGGGACCAUAACCUACAACGCCUCCCCCUUCUCCAGCUCGAUGAAGCGCCGGAUCGGGUUCAUAACCCAGGACGACGUCCUGUACCCGCACCUCACCGUGCUCGAGACGCUGACGUACGCCGCCCUGCUCCGCCUGCCCAAGACCCUGACCCGAGAGGAGAAGGCGGCGCAGGCGGAGGCCGUGGCGGCGGAGCUUGGGUUGGACCGCUGUCGGGACACGAUGGUUGGUCGGGUUUCGGGCGGGGAGAGGAAGCGGGUGAGUAUCGGUCAGGAAAUGCUGGUCAACCCGAGUCUUUUGUUGCUAGAUGAGCCCACUUCUGGGCUGGACUCGACGACGGCCCAGCGGAUCAUGUGGGCUUUAAAGACCCAGGCCCGCGGCGGGCGGACGGUGGUCACCACGAUCCACCAGCCGUCGAGCAGGAUGUACGGGAUGUUCGACAAGGUCGUGGUGCUGUGCGACGGGUGGUCGAUCUACAGCGGGCGGGCGGAUCGGGUCGUGGAGUACUUCGGGUCGGUCGGGUUUGGGCGCCCGGGGUUUGGGUUUGUGAACCCGGCUGAUUUCCUUCUCGAUCUUGCCAACGGUAUAGUUCCUGAGGACGAUUCAUCAGAGUUCUACCACAUGCCACCAGACCACCACGAAGAUCAGAACAAGAUCAAACAAUCUCUGGUUUCGUCUUACAGGAAGAAUUUGUACCCUGCAUUAAAAUCCGAAAUCCGCUCCACUUCUCAGGAUUCUGCUCUGUUUCCAACCUCAGGGGCACCACCACCAAGAACUAGGGCCGAUGAGUAUCAAUGGACGGCGACCUGGUGGCAGCAGUUUCAGGUCUUGUUCAGAAGAGGACUACAAGAAAGGAAACACGAAUCGUACUCCGGGCUGAGGAUCUUCCAAGUCAUGUCUGUUUCACUUCUCUCAGGCCUCCUGUGGUGGCACUCUGACACAUCACAUAUACAAGAUCAGGUGGGACUCCUCUUCUUCUUCUCAAUCUUCUGGGGAUUCUUCCCAAUGUUCAACGCCAUAUUCACAUUCCCACAAGAGCGACCGAUGCUAGUGAAGGAACGUUCUUCAGGAAUGUACCGAAUUUCGUCCUACUACUUCGCCAGGAUGGCAGGGGACCUGCCCAUGGAGCUUGUCCUGCCCACCCUUUUCGUCGCAGUAACGUACUGGAUGGGAGGCCUGAAGCCAUCGCUGCUCGCAUUCGUCCUGACCCUCUUCGUAACCCUGCUCAACGUGCUCGUUUCGCAAGGUCUAGGGCUGGCGAUCGGAGCGAUUGUGAUGGAAGUCAAGCAGGCGACGGUGCUGUCGUCCGUGAUGAUGCUGGUGUUUCUGCUGGCGGGAGGGUACUACAUUCAGCACAUCCCGCCUUUCGUUUCGUGGAUCAAGUACGUCUCGUUCAGCCAUUACUGCUACAAGCUGAUGGUGAGGGUUCAGUAUUCCGCGGAUGAGGUGUAUGAAUGUGAGCCUGGAGCAGGGAGGUAUUGUAAAGUGAUGGAGUUUGAUGCAAUUAGGUGUCUGGAAUUGGGUGAUCAUGUGUGGUGGGAUGUGGCUGCUUUGGGGGUAAUGUUGGUAGGAUACAGAGUUCUGGCUUAUGUUGCUCUGAGGAUGAGGUAGCCUGAAUGAUGAUAAUUAAGCAAAGGG